GAGUAUGAUGCAUGACUAUCACAGAAGAAAUUCAUGUCUAUAGCUUUUAAGGACUUGAUUACAUCGUUUUAAAGCCUGAUAGUUUUGGAGUCAACAGUUUAGAAAUUACAGCUGCAUGCAUUUUUUCCAAACCAGUGUUUACCUAAGAAGGAAUAUAAAUUGACAUACCCUGUAAUAGCACACAGUGGAUUAUUGAAAGUCUCCUUACUGUGAAAUCACAGCAUAAAUCUAACUGCCACAGAAACAGCAAAAUGAUUCCUAAUGGGUAUUUGAUGUUUGAAGAUGAAAACUUCAUCGAAUCAUCUGUUGCCAAGUUAAAUGCUUUGCGCAAAAGUGGUCAAUUUUGUGAUGUUAAGCUUCAGGUCUGUGGACAUGAGAUGCUGGCACAUAGAGCAGUACUAGCCUGCUGCAGUCCUUAUCUUUUUGAAAUCUUCAAUAACGACAGUGAUUCUCAUGGCGUUUCUCAUGUGAAAUUUGAUGAUCUUAAUCCAGAGGCUGUUGAAGUCUUGUUAAAUUAUGCUUACACUGCUCAAUUAAAGGCUGAUAAAGAACUGGUCAAAGAUGUAUACUCUGCAGCUAAGAGGCUGAAGAUGGAGAGAGUCAAGCAGGUUUGUGGAGAUUACUUGCUGUCCAGGAUGAAUGUUGAAAGUUGCAUCUCUUAUCGGAACUUUGCAAGCAACAUGAGUGAUUUGCGAUUACUGAACAAGAUUGAUGGUUACAUUCAAGAGCAUUUGUUGCAGAUCUCUGACCAAGAAGAAUUUCUCAAACUGCCACGUUUGAAGCUGGAGGUUAUGCUGGAAGAUAAUGUUAGUUUGCCCAGCAAUGGCAAGCUGUACACAAAGGUAAUCAACUGGGUACAGCGCAGCAUUUGGGAGAACGGAGACAGCCUUGAAGAUCUGAUGGAAGAGGUUCAAACGUUGUACUACUCAGCUGAUCACAAGCUGCUUGAUGGAAAUCCACUAGAUGGACAGGCUGAGGUGUAUGGCAGUGAUGAUGACCACAUUCAGUUUGUGCAGAAAAGGCCACUCCGCGAGAAUGAUCUCAAGCAGAUAAGUAGCAGUUCUUCUGGAAGUCUUUCACCAAAUGCAGCAGUGCAGAAUCUUAAACACGAGUGGAAAAUUGUUGCUUCAGAGAAGACCUCAAAUAACACCUAUCUGUGUCUUGCUGUUCUGGAUGGUGUCUUUUGCGUUAUUUUCCUUCAUGGUCGUAGCAGUCCACAGAGUUCCCCAACUAGUACUCCACGACUGAUGAAAAGUUUGAGUUUUGAGGUUCAACCAGAUGAUCUUAUAGAAAAGGUGAUGUCUCCUAUGCAGUAUGCUCGAUCUGGAUUGGGAACAGCAGAACUUAACAGCAAGCUGGUUGCUGCAGGUGGCUAUAACAGACAAGAAUGUUUGCGCACUGUGGAAUGCUAUGACCCACAGACAGAUUGCUGGACUUUCAUUGCACCAAUGAGGACUCCAAGAGCUCGAUUCCAGAUGGCAGUUCUGAUGGGACAGCUGUAUGUUGUUGGUGGAUCAAAUGGACACUCCGAUGACUUGAGUUGUGGGGAGAUGUAUGAUUCCGAAAUAGAUGAUUGGACUCCAGUUCCAGAAUUGAGAACUAACCGUUGCAAUGCAGGAGUAUGUGCACUGAAUGGAAAACUGUAUAUUGUUGGUGGGUCAGAUCCUUAUGGACAGAAGGGAUUAAAAAACUGUGAUGUCUUUGAUCCUAUAACCAAAUCUUGGACAAGCUGUGCUUCAUUAAAUAUCCGUAGACACCAAUCUGCUGUAUGUGAACUUGGUGGUUAUUUGUAUAUCAUUGGAGGAGCCGAGUCUUGGAAUUGCCUUAACAGUGUAGAACGUUACAAUCCGGAAAACAAUACUUGGACCCUAAUUGCAUCUAUGAACGUGGCUAGGCGUGGAGCUGGUGUUGCUGUUCUUGAUGGAAAACUCUUUGUUGGUGGUGGCUUUGAUGGCUCACAUGCAGUCAGCUGUGUGGAAAUGUAUGACCCUGCUAAGAAUGAGUGGAAGAUGUUGGGUAGCAUGACCACACCAAGAAGCAAUGCUGGCUUUGCAACAGUGAACAACACUAUCUAUGCAGUAGGAGGAUUUGAUGGCAAUGAGUUUCUGAAUACAGUUGAAGUCUACAAUUCAGAAUCCAAUGAAUGGAGCCCCUACAUAAAAAUCUACAAGUUCUAAUUUCCUUAAAACUAACAGGCUUAGUGAUGUAAUUGUUUUAGUAGAGGUACACAUGUGAAUAAGGUGGGAGGGAAGGGUUAAAAGUUGCCAUCAGCAACAAGGCUUUUGCAUAUUGCAUACUAUUAAUAUGCUGUACAUAUUUUUUUAGAAUAAAUGAAGGGUGUUGUAUGCAUUGGAAUUUAAUUUAGACUUAAUAUUAGAUUCUUCUGAGAUAAGAAUGUAAGUUGAUGGCAUAUCAUUUCAUGAGCAUCCUCCAAUGUUACAUUUUGCUGAUUUGCACAAGCAAAUAUUUUUAUUUUGGAAUUGUUUCUACUGCAGGAAAGAAACAGCAGUCUUCAUUAUCAGCAAUUACUUUAUAGGCCUUUUUUCUUAAAUAACUGGAAUAAUCUCAUAAGCCUUAUUUAAAUAGCUAAAUGGCUUUAUUUAAAAAAAGUUGACACACUUGCCAUUUUGACUGCCUUUUAUAACUUUUUAUAUAUUAAUAGAGCCAGGACUCUUAUAACCUUGAAGUGACAAUGAGCAAACAAAUGUAUGAUGCAAAGAGACAAUCUCAAAAUUCAUAGACUGGAGUAAGACAUUUAAUUUGCUACCAUGAGAGCUAUUACUUUUUUCCCUCUGCUUUGAUAUUAUAUGAUCUUUUUAAUACAUAAUUAUUUUCCAUUACAUCUGAAUGGACUUUCUGAAUUUGAGUGUUAAUAUGAGUGAAGAAGCAUAACUCUGAAAUUCCGCCAAGAUAGAGGGUGUUUUCUGUAUGGUUCUUAAAGCAGUUGUAACAAACAUGCAGAGUUAUAAGACGCAAAACAAAAAAGUCUGUGCUGUCUUAGAAAGGUUACCUAUCUCAAAAAUUAUUGUAUAAGUUUGUAUCUUUCUACUGCAAGCUCAAAACAUGCUGUAAUACAAAUUGUGUUUCAUUUCUUUAAUAAUUGUUGUUUGAUUCUGAUGCUGGAGGGUUGGAGAUGCUUGAGGUAUAAUAUUUUGUUCCUAAUAUCUUACUAAGUACUUCAGCAUUUUAAGAACACAACAGAGCUCUGCUAAAUCUUAAGUACAACACUUUAUCACAGCAGCCAAUUAGUGUGCUUGAAGCAGGAGGUGAUCUACCCUUGUCCUACUAUUUCCCCAACCCCUUGCAAGGAAAGCUUGUUGUCCUAACUCAGAAGUGCCUCAAGAUCAAUAGCCAUUGAUUUUUUUUUCUUUUAUAAAGUUGUCUAAACUACAUUUAUGAAGCCAUCCAAUAUAGUAGCCCCCCAUUUGAUUUUGAAAUAGUACCUUCCACAAGUUAAUUAUAUGCUGUGUGAAGUGACUAAAUAGUACAGGUAGUCCCUGACUUGAGAAUAUUAUCCCAGCCAUAAAUCAUAGUUAUCAUGCAGGUCACUCUGACUACACUCAAGUUUUGCAAUUUUUUUUUUGCUGUGGUUGGUAAAUAAAUGCCAUGGCAUUAAGCAGAGCCAUUGUACCCAAUGGCUGUUUUUUGCCAGAAACAUAAGCAAAUACAACUUGCUGGCUAACAAAAGACACAAAUCACAGCAGAAUCCUACAAACAACUGUAAAUGCAAGCUGGUUGCCAAGGACCCAGAAUGCUACCAUCUGAUUGCAGGGGAAAUUCACCAUAAGGUUGCAAGUCACUCCGGGGAGGUCUAUUGUAACUCCAGUCAUUAAACAAGUGAUCAUAAAUUGAAGACCACCUGUACUGAAGAUACUGGGUUUGUUUAACAUCACAGUGUGGACCUUUUAUUACUUUCAAUUCCUUUAAUAAUCCUUUAGUAUGGGAUUUGUCUUUCACAACUGCCACGCAAGAGAGUAAGCCUUCAUUGUGCUAU